CCUGCUGCGGAAGCGUUCCAAGGUUACCAUGAAUGUUCCAACGUGAUGUGGAGAGUUCGCAGGAGUGGAUGACUACUGGUUAGCUCGGUAUAUAACAGGCCAAAUCCCGAACCAGAAUUACGAUGUUGUGCUGCCAACACCUUCUUGAGACACACUGUUCCAAAACAACGCACAACACCACCGGCCUUGACGUCCCCAUUGUCUCAUCUUGCUCCAAUCAAGAGGAUUGCCCCUAACGUAAUUAAGCGGGGUCCCGUCUCUACUUCGUAAAGGACAUCAAGGUAUUCUUUAUACAUCACAUAUACCAUCCGGUAUAGCUCGGGACUAUUCAGUAAAAUGGAGUCUACUACCAACGGGGCUUUACCCAAACAAGUUUUCUUCUUCGACAUUGAUAACUGUCUCUAUCCAAAGAGCGCCAAGGUCCACGACUUGAUGGCCGAUCUCAUCGACAAAUACUUUGUCACUCAUCUCUCGCUGCCAUGGGACGACGCAGUCCGGCUCCACCAGGAGUACUACCAGAACUACGGUCUGGCCAUUGAGGGGCUGGUACGGCACCACCAAAUCGACCCCCUCGAGUACAACGCCAAAGUCGACGACGCCCUCCCGCUCGACGAUGUCAUCAAGCCACGGCCGGAGCUCAAGAAGCUGUUGGCCGACAUCGACCGGAGCAGGGUCAGGCUGUGGCUCUUCACGAACGCAUACAUCAACCAUGCCAGGCGGGUAAUUCGCCUGCUCGAGAUCGAGGAAUUCUUCGAAGGUAUCACAUACUGCGACUACAGCUCAGUACCAUUCUCCUGCAAGCCGCAGCCCGAGAUGUACCAGAAGGCGAUGCGCGAGGCCGGAGUUGAGAAGCAUGAAGAUUGCUUCUUCGUUGGUGAGUUGUUGUUUCCCGGGCUCGGUAACUUUCUGGUCGAAAACAAAGUACUAACACCGAAACUAGACGACUCAUACCAAAACUGCAAGAAAGCGCAGGAACUCGGGUGGACCGUAGCCCAUCUUGUCGAGGAAGGUGUUAAACCGCCCAGGACACCGGCCUGUAAAUUUCAGAUUCGCCACUUAGAGGAGCUGCGGACAGCCUUCCCGCAAUGCUUCAAGGGAAGCCCAGCGGGAGAAAGUUGAAGACCAAACCAGACAAAGAGGCUCAAGGCCCAUAGACAGACCCAAUUCUGGAUAGAACAAGCGCCUUCAAAAUGGCGCCCAUGAUGCAUGAUAAAUAGAAGAACCAAUUCCUUAAACCCAUUCGAUGUGUCCCAACCCGGAUCACAU